UCGGUUCGGGAGAAGCCGAGCUCGCUACUAACUGAAGGUCAGAAUAGUGCCGGGUCACUCGCUAUUUGGGCCCGGCACAUACUAUUUCUUACUCAGGAUCGUGUCAAGACGUCCUGAGAACCCGCUACAAGCUGACCAAUCACAAAAUUCGCUUCCUGUUGGCGCGCCUUUAAGCCAAUGGGAAAAUUCGUUAUAUGCAGCAAGGCUGCCACGUCGACACCAAGCGUCUCGACGACUCAACGACGCUACCAAUUUUCAUUCUACAACUAUCUGUCUAACCGCUUCGCUCAGAGUUUCUACAACGUGUCUUUGCUACGUGCAACCUCGUGCUUGAACCGCUUCGCUUAUUAACUUGUGUGAAACUAAAUCAAAUCGCUACGCUAAAUUAUCCUCAAUUCUUAGUCAGUAAAUCAAGGCUGCUAUUUAUUGAGAAUAAAUAAAUUAUUCUUGUGAUAAUAAGUUAAUUGUUAAUUAAUUAUUAUUGAAGUAACCGCUACUGACCACGUGUCAAUUUUUAUACGUGAAUAAAAUAUCUGAGUUGCAUUCGCUAUCGCGUAUAAAUUUAUCUAGUUGCAUUCGCUAUUGUAUAUAUUUCUCAUAAUUUUAAGGUGUAAAUCAGUGUAAAUAAAUCUAUAAUUUAAUUUAUAAUAAAAUCUGUGUAAUUUUUAAUUGUUUAACAAAACUCGCCUAAACCAGAUCCAUUAGUUUUAUUCGCUCAUUUUACAUUUUGGUCCUUCGAGCCGGAUUUGGCGAAAUUUAAACAAUUAAAAAUUAUUUAAAAAAAAAUCAAAAAAAAAAUUGUGAGAAAAAAAGUGUAGUGUCAGUUCUGUGUCGUGAAAAUCGCUAAGUGCCGUGGGCAUUGCUGAGCACUGCUAGAGUGCUGCCCAGGGUGAUCUAUUUUACACACCGGUGUAAAAAGACUUUUAAAACAGAAAAGAUCGAAAACUUAGCGUCGGUUUCACGUCAUCGCGUCCAUUUUGUGUGCCACGUAUUAACAAGAUGGCCGCCGAAGCUCAAAUUGCUCUUCAAAUGCAACGCAUCGACACGAUGCGCAAUAUGUCCAACCGCUUGACUGACGCUGUACUCGCUACCCAAGGUGCUGCCGCCAUUGACGCUGAACUCGCUAUCCUGACGGAGUUGUGGAACCGCUUCAAUUCGACUCACGAGAGGCUAUACGAAGACGUACCUGAGAUCAUUACCAACGAAUAUCAUACAGGUAACGCUUAUGAAACCGCUAACGUUGCUUAUACCUCUCUUAGAGUGAGACUCAGCGCUGCUAGACCCGCUCCAGAACUUGCUCAUGAAGUUCAGCCCGCUAAUCACGAUCAGACCGCUUACUUUGGUGGAGUGCAUAAAUCUAACCUGCCACAAAUCAAGCUGCCAACUUUCCAAGGGUCGUAUGACGAGUGGGACUCGUUCAAGGACUUGUUCACGUCUCUCGUCAUUAAUGAAGAUUCGCUAACUGGGUCUCAGAAGAUGCAUUACCUGAAGACGCAGGUAAAAGGUGAGGCCGCUGCAUCACUCGCUAAUCUCCAGAUCACAGAUGACGCUUUCCAACCCGCUUGGGAGUUGCUGAAUACUCGCUACACAAAUCCACGUCGAUUGCUCGAUAUGCAUAUCGAUGAUUUGCUGGAUCGCCAACCGCUAACUUCACACUCUGCUGCUGAUUUGGACGCACUGUUACUCGCUAACAAAAAAUCGCUGGACGCUAUCGCUGCAUUGGGAAUUCCAAUUGGUGAGUUGGACCCCUUUUUAAUUCGUUUGACUGUUCGCUGCUUGCCUUCAGAUCUGAGGGUGGAAUGGAUGGCUUCGCUUGGGUUAUCCAAUGAGUUUCCCACUUACCAACAGCUGCACGAUAUGCUCAAGGCCAAGGUUCGUGCGUGGGAAAACUCAGAGAUUGGCGCUAAAAUAACCUCAACGCAAGUUAAGAGUACCAGUGAGAGACCACUAUCACCAAAGUCUUACGCUAAGUCAGCCGCUACAACCAAACAAGUUAAGUUUGGGAGCAGUAAAUCCGCUACUCCUGCUAGAUCAACGCCAUCUACAUCCACCGGUUCCGCUAGCUACGUCGCUUUCACUCCCAAGGAGCGUACGAGUAAACCGGGCAUGUGCCCAAUCUGCAGGGAGAAGCACUUCGUUCUAUUUUGCCCCAGCUACCAGAAGGCGUCGCCACUGAACCGAAGGACGAUUGUUCAGCAUUACCGCUUAUGCUUUAACUGUUUGGGACGCCAUCGCUACGCUGACUGCAGGACUAAGCAGAAGUGCCGCCAUUGUGAUCAGCCACAUCACACGUCGACUCAUCUUGACGAUGGUGCUGCCGCUAAACCAGCACAGGACGCUCCUGUAGCUGACCCAGCUCAUUCGCUCAAUGUUUUACUCGCUACCGCUAUUGUUAAGUUGAAUUCGCUAACAGGAAGUACAUGUACAGCCCGUGUACUUAUUGAUCAAGGAUCGGAGUUAUCCUUUGUGACGCAUUCGCUAAUCAAGAAGCUGGAUAUUCAACUCAGUAAAGCAGCUGUACCAUUACGUGGAAUUGGUAAUGUGUCAGCUGGGCAUUCGCUUGGGUCAUGCAAGAUGACGCUGCAUUCGCUACACAACAACGCUUCUAUUACCAUCCAAGCUCAUGUGCUUGCUCUAUUGACGGUAAACUUACCGUCAUUUACGCUAACUAAGAAGAAGAAAUGGCCGCAUAUAACUGGGCUACAACUCGCUGAUCCAGACUUCUUGACAUCAAGACCUAUUGACAUCAUUCUGGGUGCAGCACCAGCUGCACAUAUAAUCAACGCUAAAAUACGAAAAGGAAGUGAAAAUGACCCAAUCGCUCAGUCAACAUCACUUGGUUGGAUCAUAUAUGGAUCUGUGGACACCGCUACAUCAAAAUUGACCGCUCAUGGUCAUCAUGUCGCUGUUGAUGAUCAACUACAAGACUUGUUAACCAAGUUUUGGUACCAAGAAGAGCCACAGACAGAAUUCGCUACACGCUAUACUGAAGAAGAAGAAGAGUGUGAACAACACUUUGUCAAUACACACUACAGACAGUCUGAUGGUCGAUAUGUCGUUCGCUUGCCGCUUAAAUCUUCGCCAAGUCAACUGGGUGAUUCGCUCAGAGCUGCACAAUACGCUUUACUACGUCUUCGCAAACGACUGGAAGCUGAUCCAGUCUACAAGAAGUUGUACUUCGACUUCCUGAAGGAGUAUGAAGACUUGGGGCACAUGAAACGUCUGAAAUUAAAGGAAUUACCACCGAACAGCUACCUGUUGCCUCAUCAUGGGGUUCUGAAAGAGCAGAGCACUACCACCAAGCUCAAAGUGGUAUUCAAUGGGUCCUGGAAAACUACAUCUGGCGUAUCUGUCAACGAGAUACUUCAUGUGGGCCCAAAGAUCCAAGUUGACAUCAGUGAUGUACUUAUUCGCAUUCGGUGCCAUCGCUAUUUAUUCGCUACUGACGUUACAAAAAUGUUUCGUCAGAUUGCAGUUGACAAGGAAGAUCAUCAUCUACAGUGCAUACUCUGGUUUGACGAAGAUGACAUCCCAAUAGUAUUUGCACUCGCUACUGUUACUUAUGGAACAACAUCGGCUCCAUAUCUCGCUGGAAGAGCACUCUUACAACUCGCUGAAGACGAAGGGAAAAAAUUUCCGAAGGCUGUCGAACCGCUAACUAAUACACGCUACGUUGACGACAUCUAUGGAGGUGCAGAUGAACUCGCUGAGGCAAUCCAAGUUGCUCUCGACACAAAAAAUAUGUGCGCCACAGGAUGUUUUCCGCUUGCCAAGUGGGCAAGUAAUUCAACUGAAUUACUUUCUCAAGUCGCUCCAAGUGAAACCCAAGAAGAUACACCAAGAGAGCUUGGGGAUACUACAGUAAAAGUGCUCGGGCUAACCUGGAAUUCAACACAGGAUAAAUUCCAGUUCGGAUAUUCGCUUCCAGAAGCAUCACCAACAACUAAACGCACAAUUUUAUCUGAAAUUGCUCGCUUGUUUGACCCACUGGGUUUCUUGGCACCGAUUAUCGUGAGAGCCAAGAUGUUCAUGCAGAAGCUCUGGCUGCAGAACUUUGACUGGGAUGCUACGCUAUCACCGUCGCUUCUUCAAGAAUGGAAUUUGUUUCGAGAUGAACUACAUCAGAUCUCGAAGAUUCAGAUACCUCGCUGGAAUCAUGUUAAAAAUGGUGUAUCAAUUGAAUUACAUGGAUUCUCUGACGCUUCACAACUCGCUAUGGCUGCUGUAGUUUAUCUAAAAGUUACUGACGCUACUGGAAGCUCCAAUAUCUCGCUAGUGUGUGCCAAAACACAAGUUGCACCACUGAAGCCUAUAACUAUACCAAGAAUGGAGCUCAAUGCCGCUGUCUUACUCGCUCAACUGAUACUCUACGUCAAGAAGGUUUUGAAACUUGAAAACGUUCCAGUUUUCAUGUGGACAGACUCCGCUGUAUCCUUAACGUGGAUACGAAACAACCCAGCUAGAUGGAAAGUCUACAUUCGCAACAGAGUUACCAAGAUUCAAGAAUCGCUACCAAGUGUCAACUGGGAUUUUGUUCCUGGAAAACUUAACCCAGCUGACUGCGCUUCAAGAGGUUUAACAGCAGCCAAACUAGAACAGCAUUCGCUAUGGUGGACGGGACCAAAGUGGCUCAGUCAAUCAAAAGAUAACUGGCCAUCUUUUGAUAUCCCUACGCAGACGGUAUCACAUCUUGAAGAACGUCCAGGUCUGGUUUUUACCAUCUUCAAGGCAGAUUCACACCCGCUAUACAUGCUACUAGAAAAAUUCUCUAAGUUGUCACCUUUACUUCGCACGCUUGGAAUCUGUCUUCGUGCCAUCGCUAAAUUUAAAAAAGUGCCACAGUCCACACUGGACACACCACUCUCUACAGUUGACCUGGAACUCGCUAAGACUUUGCUGAUCAAGUAUACUCAAAGUCAGUACUAUUCGCAAGAGCUGAAACUAUUGAAGGAUGGUGAUUCUCUACACCGAAGUCAUCAUCUCGCUAAAUUGAUUCCCUACGUCGACUACAACGGAGUACUCAGAGUUGGCGGUCGCUUGAAGAAUUCGCUGCUGGAUGAUGAACAGAAAAAUCCAGCUAUUUUACCAAGGUCAUCACGCUUAAGUACGCUAUUGAUAGAUCAUUCGCAUCGAAGAACAUACCAUGGGGGAACUCAAUUGACUCUCGCUGAUCUACGGAGAUCUGUCUGGAUAGAAGGUGGUCGAGUUCCAGUCAGAUCACACAUUCUUCGCUGCGUCGUGUGCACGAGACAUAGAGGUGUUCGCGCACAACAAUUAAUGGGACAAUUGCCAUCCGCUCGUGUAAGACCAUCUAAAGCAUUCUUACACACUGGAAUAGACUACGCUGGGCCAGUAACACUGAAGACUUUCCAAGGUCGAGGUGCCAAAACCUAUAAAGGAUGGAUCGCUGUGUUUGUAUGUCUCGCUACGUCCGCUAUACAUAUUGAAAUUGUCACCGAUUACUCUACUGACGCUUUCGUCGCAGCAUUUAGAAGAUUCACUAGACGAAGAGGCGCCUGCAGUAUCCUAUACUCGGACUGUGGUACAAAUUUUGUAGGAGCAGACGCCACGCUAAAGAAAGAAUUCGCAGCAGGAUCGAGACAGCUAAAAGAACUUCAGUAUUUACUCGCUACAGAUGGCACAGACUGGAAGUUCAACCCACCAAGUGCUCCCCACUUUGGUGGCAAGUGGGAAGCAGCCGUAAAGUCAAUCAAGUUCCAUCUCAUACGAACUAUUGGUGAAUCGCUAUUGACUUACGACCAACUCGCUACAGUCUUAACACAAAUUGAGGCUGUGUUAAAUUCAAGACCGAUCGCUCCGCUAUCUGAAGAUCCUGCAGAUUUAACCGCUCUAACUCCUGGACAUUUUCUCAUCGGUGAACCACUAAUCGCCGUACCUGGGCCCUCGCUACUGGAAAAUAAUUCAGCUACGUUGUCACGCUGGCAACAAUUACAACAAAUGUUCCAGAGAUUUUGGAGUAGAUGGUCAUCAGAGUACCUGCAACGUCAUCAAUCUAUUUCGAAGUGGCAUAAUCCGCAAAACAACAUCAAAGUGGGUUCAUUAGUCUUGUUGACUGAUGAAAGAUUCCCACCAUCAAAAUGGCCGCUUGCUCGAGUACUCGCAUUACAUCCAGGCAGAGAUGGCCUGACUCGAGUAGUCACGCUGAAGACCGCUACCACGGAACUUGUACGACCAAUCGCUAAGCUGUGUGUACUACCAGUGCACUCUCCAGAAGACAAUCCAGUCGACACAGUCGCCAGCGCUGGGGAGAAUGUUCAGUCACGACCUUGAUUAAUUUAAAUCAAGCUUCGUGCAUUUCCGCUCGGUUCGGGAGAAGCCGAGCUCGCUACUAACUGAAGGUCAGAAUAGUGCCGGGUCACUCGCUAUUUGGGCCCGGCACAUACUAUUUCUUACUCAGGAUCGUGUCAAGACGUCCUGAGAACCCGCUACAAGCUGACCAAUCACAAAAUUCGCUUCCUGUUGGCGCGCCUUUAAGCCAAUGGGAAAAUUCGUUAUAUGCAGCAAGGCUGCCACGUCGACACCAAGCGUCUCGACGACUCAACGACGCUACCAAUUUUCAUUCUACAACUAUCUGUCUAACCGCUUCGCUCAGAGUUUCUACAACGUGUCUUUGCUACGUGCAACCUCGUGCUUGAACCGCUUCGCUUAUUAACUUGUGUGAAACUAAAUCAAAUCGCUACGCUAAAUUAUCCUCAAUUCUUAGUCAGUAAAUCAAGGCUGCUAUUUAUUGAGAAUAAAUAAAUUAUUCUUGUGAUAAUAAGUUAAUUGUUAAUUAAUUAUUAUUGAAGUAACCGCUACUGACCACGUGUCAAUUUUUAUACGUGAAUAAAAUAUCUGAGUUGCAUUCGCUAUCGCGUAUAAAUUUAUCUAGUUGCAUUCGCUAUUGUAUAUAUUUCUCAUAAUUUUAAGGUGUAAAUCAGUGUAAAUAAAUCUAUAAUUUAAUUUAUAAUAAAAUCUGUGUAAUUUUUAAUUGUUUAACAAAACUCGCCUAAACCAGAUCCAUUAGUUUUAUUCGCUCAUUUUACAAAAGUAUUAGUUUAAUAUUUAUAAUGAAAACUUUAAUGUUUAAUAUUGUUUAAACGGUAAUUUUUAAAAAUUGAGUUACACAUAUUUUAUUAAUUCUCAGCAGAUUAAAUUAAUGAAAUAAAUUCGAAUAAAUAACCCUUAGAACGUAUUUAUUAUUAAUGUAAAUGAUAAAUAUUUUCACUCAAGUUUACUAAAAUUUACGAAGCAAAAAUAUAAACUUUAUGUAGUAUAUGAAAAUACACUUUAUAUUUAUUGAAUAUCUCCGAUCAGUAAAAAGUGUAGUUCAAUCUCAGCACUUUUUACUAUUUGACUUAGUAUAUUGUCACGUUAUUAUAUGAAUCAUUGCCGUUUGCCCUUAACAAUUGGUUCGAACGUGUUUUUUUUCGUUUCUUUAGUUUACUGCGCAGCUACUUAAAUUUCUUUUGUUUGAGUCUUGGCUUGCAACAACGCGGAUGAGUUUUACCAGCGAAUUUGUGCGAUCAGUUAUGAGCAGUAGUUAGUAGUGAAACAAAAACAUUUUUGUGGUGAAAUAAAAAAAUAAUAUAUAUACCGGAGAAUAAUUUAAACAG